CAAAGGUAUAUGGUAUUUGAAAUGCUGCAUAUGAGUCUGCACCAUCUCAUUAAACUCCAGUCCCACUGAAAGGGAUCCAAACUAUUCCGCAGCAGCUGUUCGAAGCAUUGGAUGCCCUGCAGGGUCUUGGUAUGGUUCACGGAGACAUCACACAUGACAAUGUGAUGCUCGUGAACCAUCAGCAGCAGCCCUGCAAAGUCAAGAUGAUGGACUUUGGUUUAGCUUUCUGUCCUUCUAAUCCUUCACAGGUGUUUCAAGCUUGUGGUUUCAGGGCUCCAGAAUGUUUCUUCAGCCUACCACAGACUGGGGCUAUCAACAUGUGGGCCGAUGGGUGCACCUUGGCAUUCCUCUACCUUUGCAACUACAUGUUUGAUAUUUUGUGUGACUAUAAAUGUAUGAUGAACAUUGUGUGGGUGCUUGGCUUCCCUAAAGUUCAUCUUCUUCGAAGUGAACAGACCUCAAACUAGUUCUUCACUCUGGAAGAA